UAGCUUGCCCUUUCUUCUUCCAACUUCAUCACCACUACUUGUUGUUGCACCAGUAGUACUUCUACUUCUACUUCUACUAAUUAUAUAUAACUCCAGAACAUUAUUUCAAAAGUAGUAGUAGUAGAUAAGUCAUUCCCAAGCAGUGUAGCAGUAGUCCAACAGUUGUUCUGAUCUCUAUCAUGUCAAAUCAUCAGACUUCAUCAAGGUCAUCUUCACCUUUCAUCAAACCCACUGAUGAUGAGAUUCACCACCUUGUUUUGAAGCUACAAUCCUUGUUACCCCUCCUUAAUAGAACACCCAAUGUACCGGCUUCAACAAUUUUGGAUGAAACUUGCACUUACAUUAUGAGGCUGCGUAGAGAGGUAGAUAGCCUGAGUGGGAAACUUUCUCAAUUACUUAAUACAGCAGAAAUCGACGAUGUAGAUGAGCUUAUUAGAAAACUUCUUCAACAAUAAAAAACUCAUCCCAAAACCUUUCUCUCUAUAUAUAUAGCUUCGCGUUCCAACUAUUGAUCAUGAAAGUCUCUACCAUGAUUCCUAAUAAGAUCAGUGUAGUAACAAAUGCAAUUCGAGUCUUAUUAUUAAUGAUAAAGCUCUUUAGUUUAAAUGUUUUAUUUUAUUUUAUUUCUCAUGCUUUUAAUAAUGUUUAUAAUAAUUGGUUUAUUAUGUAUUUUACUUUUUAUAUAUUUAUAAUAAAUAUUUGGAUUGUACCACA